UUUUAGCAACAAAUCAUUCAUUAAAUUCAAUAUUUAUACAGUCUAAAAAUAUGAAUUACUUCAAUAAAUCUGAUGAUGAAUUUAUUUAUGAAAUUAAAAGUGGUGUUUCUAUUAUGAUUUUUAAUCAUUCAGUAUUUCAAGAAUUAAUAUUUCAUUAUAUUCAACGUGAUGUUUCGUCAGUCAGUGAUUUACUUCGAAUGUGUAUCAUCAAAAUGUCAUUUGUUGAAGGCUGGGGAAAUAAUUACGAAUGCAAAAAUAUUGAACAUACACCAUGCUGGAUAGAAAUUCAACUUCAUGAACCAAUGGGACUCAUAGCAUCAAUAUUAUCACCAGCAAAAUCACCAAUUGAACAUAAAAAACAACGUUAUUCUGCCUAUAUUUAAAAGCAUCUAAAAUUAUU